AGAGAGAGAGAGACUGAGAGAUCGAGAGGUUUUUGAAGCUCUGCAACUGCAAGUUUCGCACGUGCUGAUCACGAAGCGACUGUAGAGGAGGAGGAGGCAGGAGCUGAAGUACUAAAGAAGGAAGAUGGAAGCUAAGGGGCUCUUGAGUCUCAAAGAUGUCGAGGGUAUCCACGCUGAUCCAACUAAUUUGUCUGAGUUUGAGAAACUUGUACUGGUUGCUGAAGUUGCUUCUUCGAAGCAUGAGGCGCAAGAAAAAGAAGAAAAAAAGUCUAAAAUUAGGAAGAAAGCAAAUCACAGCAUCAUGAGAUCAACGAAGAGGCAGAAGCUGAAUAUGGGCACCCUUCCAAAGCCACAGCCGGUCUUGCCUGAGGAAAUCAAGAAGCGUAUCAACGCAAUGGGUGGAACCCAAGAGGACAUGGUCAUUGAAAAAGCCCUGUAUCGAGCUGACGUGAAGCUGAACAACAAUCGAUUAUCCAUGCCUUUUGGGCAGGCCAAGGAAGGUUUCUUGACAAAGGAAGAGAGCGCACAUCUUGCAAAACCAAAAGAAAAUAUAAUAGUGCCGUUCAUCGAACCCUCCGGUAGGUACGCUGAGAUGACUUUGGGGCAGUGGGACAUGCCCAAAAAGUCGGGGAAGACAAGCUCAAUGUAUGUGCUGAAGACUAAUUGGAACAGGGUUAAGCAAGCGAAUCGACUCGAGAAAAAUGAUGUGGUGCAAGUUUGGUCUUUUCGGGUUGGCACUGAGCAACAACUCUGCCUGGCUCUUGUUGUGGUUAGUAGCUCAGGUGGCAACCAUGGAGGAAGAGAUGGAGGAGAGGCUGAAGAAGAUGCCGGUACUAGCUACAAAGCCAAUUAGAUUAGCUACCAAAGAGUCCCAAAAGCUUUUUUGUUAAGAAUAGAUGGAAUGGGACCAAUGAUGAGGAAAACUAAAUAAUUUUGUAUUUUAAUUUUAUUUGGGUCUUAUUAGUUAAUUACGUUUUUGUAAUUAGAUUGGUGUAAUGGGCCCAACCCAAAGUCAGUAAAUAAAGGACUUGGUAGUUCAUUUGAAUUGGAUAA